AUGUUCACACUCUCUCUCCUGAGCCGGGGACAUGGGAAGUUGGUCCAGAACAAACAGAAGUUAGAAGUCUAUUUUGAACCAGAGGAUUACUUGAACUGGAAGUCCCCAGAAGAUUAUGUCCUGGUCAGCAAACCAGAGGAUGAGGGCGGUGGCAGUCAGCACAUGUGGAGUCUUUUUCUCCCUAAAACAUUCAGCACUAGAAAGGGCACCCUGAUCCUCUACUCAGAAGGCUUAGCCAUAUCAGCGUGGACACCCGAAGAGAGAAGGAAAGGCCCCUGCCCUCCUAAAGGCCACAGGAAGAGACCAGAUCUUGAACUGCAUACACUCCAGGAUCUCAAGGAAGCCAUCCUGGCCUACGGAAGGAGACAGAAGGAACAGGACAGAGGCUGGCAACCAUACCUCCACUUCCGAAGUCAACCAGAGAGCCAGGCCCAACGGCAGAUCCAGCCUGGGUAUUCAGCCAAGAGAUACCUCCGAGGCUUCUUGCGGACAUGGCCCCCCGACAUCCUACACAGGCUCUAUUGUGCAGGAUACAUCAAGGAUUCUAUGCUGCUCCAGGACAGUCAACUUAAUGUACCAAAGAACCUCAGGCCACAACAGGAUCUUUCAGGUGUACCCCUCAAAUACCAUCUCCUGCCUGUCUUCCCUCCAUUUUGGAUUCAACAAGGAAAACCUAUUGAACAAGGUCAACAGGGCCCGGAUGAAGGGGAAGCUGGGGCUGGUGGACACGUGGACCAGGACUCUGUAGCCAAGAACAGCUGUGAGGGAACUUACUUGCCACCACUCAGGAAGCAGCCCCGGCAGGCAGAGGACACGUCAAUAGAGAAUCACCGACGUAUACACGCUUCAAAGGAAAGCCACAAUGAAAUGGCACAGCAAACCUCCAGGAGGGCCUUCGGGCAUGCCCACUUCCAUCAUUCUUGGCUCCUGAGUGACAAAGCCCAUGUUACAUUCUAUGGAGGCGCCUUCCCCAAUAGGAAAGCAAAUCUCAGCGGUGGACUCGCGGAUGUGAAACUCCACAAGGGCAGGAGCAGCCCCAUGUUACAGGAGCCUCCUGCUGAGAGAUGCCUUUUCCCCCCUGUAGCAUCUGUCAAUGGCUCAGAAAAAAGUGCAACCGGGGAAGUGAAGCAGAAAAAGGCACCAAAGACUCUGAAAUUACCUCCUAUCUCAGAAGAAUCACCCAGAGUCGUGGCCCCACUAAGGAGUCAAUGUAAAGCUAACGAGCUCCCAGCAGAGCUCUUGGUCUUUCCAGUGGAGAUUCAUUUUCACACUCACCAUCGCCCUAAAGAAAAAGCACACAAAAGAAGUGCCCCACAUCCUGAACCAGGGCCAGAAACAGAAGAGACUAGGCAUUUGUGGAAGCCUCCCCUGAAACACGUGUCCUUGGAAAAACCAAGUGGAUUGACUAUGCACCUCCCAGUUGACCCGGGCAGAGACCUGCUCUCACCUCAAGGUAAUUGCCUCUUCCCUCCAGCAUCCCAAAGAAAAUUUCACUCCAAGGGAAAGGAAUCCAGAGACCCUACCCUGGGACACUUCUUGCUGGGUCCAGAAAGGGAAAACAUCUGCCUCUCCUUGCCAGGACCUACCCAAACCGAGGCGCUUCCAUCAGAUGAAGUUUUAACAACCUUGAUCCUUUUCUCUCUGAUUUCUACCACAGUAAAUAUUGAAUCCAGAACUGGUCUUCAUGUGAAUCUUAAUGAAAUCUCACCUUUGACUCAAAAAGCAGAGAAGCAGAGCGCCCAGCAGUCCUCGGAGGCAGCAGCUCAGAAGACAGGAGAGCCUCAAAGUUGUAUAAAUAACGGGCCGAUAUGUUCAAACAGAAAAGAAUUUUACACGCGCAAGCUACACAUCGACAUGAUGCCGUUCCUGAAGGAGAGUGGUGAUGAACUGGACUAUGAGGAUGAGCCAGAGGGACCCUUCAGAGAAAAUCAUCAAGACACUCCAGACCCAGAGUCAAGGAGUCUGACCCUUGGUCCUCUCAGUGCUUCCCUGGCUGAGUACCCUAAGGCAGAUACUGCCCAAAAGGCGAGCAGAGAUGAUGAUACACACAAUCUACACAGAGGACUCCCAGGACAUGAAACUGAGUCGCCAGAGAGAUUGAGUCCUGUCGGUACUUCUCUUCUCCCAAGAGAAAGAGAACAGGCUGAACCAACACUGUCAACUCAGCAGACUGCAGCCAGCACUGGUCAUGAGAUGGACUAUCUUAACAAAGCCAAAAGAAAGAAAAGGACAAAGACAGACAAGACUAAGCCACCCAAAGGGGAAAGAGAAGGAAAGGUCCACAGGGAAGCAGAGGCUGCAGUUGGGAAAUCAAAGGAAUCAAAGUCUGAAAAGAAGUUAGAGCUAAUUCACAAAGAAAAGAAAACAGGAGCCAAAAGAGAAAGGACACAGAAGGAAAGGAAUCUAGAGACAGCAGCAGGGUCUUCUAUCACCAACACUAAGGAAGUGGAAGACACCUCAGAGACAGACUGCUUUCCUUCUACUGCAGAAGGGCUUUCUCUCAAAGACAAUUCUCAUGAGAGUCAAGUGUCUAUAGAUGGAAGAUCAUCACCCACCCCGAUGGUAACUGUCCCUGAUGAAGAGAAAAGCCAUGAGGACCCUUCCAAGGCCCUCCUCACCAAGAGGGAGCACCAGGACAGGCUGCGGAGAGAAAGGGCGGAGAUGAGACGGCUGGAGGUGGAGAGGAAGAGAAGGGAGCAGGAAGAGCAGAGGAGACUGCAGCAGGAGCAGCUGGAAAGGGCAGAAAAGAUGAAGGAGGAGCUGGAGCUGGAGCAGCAGAGACGCAGAGAAGAGAUCCGUUUGAUGAAACAGAGACUUGAAGACGAAAGGCAGCGCAAGGAGGAGGAGGAGAGAAGGCAGAGGCUCCAACUGCAAGUGGCACAGGAGAGAGCCCGGCAGCAACAGGAGGAACUCAGGAGAAAACUGCAAGAACUGCAGAAAAAAAAGCAGCAGGAAGAAGCCAAGCGGGCUGAGGAAGAGAAGCAAAGACAGAAGGAGUUGGAAAUGCAAUUAGCAGAAGAACAAAAACGCCUGAUGGAAAUGGCUGAAGAAGAAUGGCUGGAGUACCAACAGAGGAAACAGGAAGCAGAAGAGAAGGCUCGGAUGGAAGCAGAGGAGCUAAGGCAAAAGGAAGAGGAAGCCUCAAGGCUUGCUCUGCAGGAAGCCAUGAAACUAGCCCAGGAACAAGCCAGGUACUGGAUAUCCAUUUGGGCAAUAGUGGCCAUAAGGGGGACUGUUAGGGAAUUUGACGAACUGGUUAUGUACUAG